AUGUCUACCCCCACAAAUCUUACCGUCCUGCAGGAAGCCCACAAGCACUGGGAAGGCCUCGAACUAAACGCCAUCCCCGAACUCCACGGCGACCCGAGUGACAAUACAUUCCACGCCGCCCUCCUCGCCCGCAGUCUCGCGCUCUCCGUCGCAGCAACCGGGUGCAACACCUUCUCCGUCGAGAUCGCCUUCUGGAUCCCAACGUCCACAUGGCGCGUAGCGCUCACCGCAAAAGAACCCAUCGCGUCAGAGCUCGGCGAAACCUGGAUGGACGAGGUAGCAGCCAAGUUCACAACCCACGCACAAAUCAAGUCCGUAUCCGUCGAACGCCGCAGUAUCGAUGACCCGCCCUUCGACGACGCAGAAGACUGGGUGAAAGACAUGGGGCCUGACGGGAAGGAGCUCUGGGCACAUGCGACCUGGUUCACCUGUUUCCGCGGCAUACCGUUCCUGCUGAAGCGGGAUGGACACACGAUUUGGCGGGAUAUGAACGCGUUCAUUGACCUCAGGGCGCAUGAUAGUUCGGUCAAGGGCGUGUAUUUGGGCUCGAAGCGCCUUGCGCCUGGGAGGACGGACCACAGGAGCUAUCUGCUUAAGGUGUUGAGUUUCAUGACCGAUAUCAAGCCUCCUGCUGCAACGACUAGUCCCGGCAAACAAGUGCGUCUGGGCAGAGCCCCGGGUGCGGGGAAGCUGCCGAGUAUUAACGAGGUCCCCUGUGACGACCUGUAUUCGGCGCUUGCAAAGGGCAUUGGAGAGCUGGAGCUUGAGAAACUUGAGAGACAGCCCCCGCGGGAGGUUAAGGUUCGGUUUGCUGAGGGGACGAAGAGAGAGUGA